CGUUGAUUCCACACACGGCCGCCAUCGAUCCCCGGGACAGCUCAGGGCAGUUUACAUUUGAGGUCGCUGGCGUUUCAGUGCAAGGUUUUAGUGGUUAGAAUCGAAAGAGCUAUCAGGACAGACCUGUCAGCUUGUUCCCAUUGAAGUCAGCUGUUUGGCUGGUUCUUAUUUUAUCACCUUUAAUUCCUUCCUGCCUCUUUCUCUUUGCGCAUUACAUUUCUUUUCUACAUGCUUUUUACACACCGGAGAUGUUACAGAAUUAGCAUCAUUCAGUGCCAUUCGUUGCGAUCUGCAAUAAGUAGAAUGAACUUCAACAUGGGAAAGUAAAAAAGAUUCGGUCACUUUUGGAAGCGUUGAAGAUUCCGGAAUGGGGAGGAGCAGGAGAAGUGUGGCCGCUGCUCAGAGGACACUGGCGGAGAUGGUGGUCUUUCUAGGGGUCUUGGCCGUGACCUGCAAGGGAAAGAUCCAGAGGCCUGACUACGACGACACCAGCGCCCCCGAAUUCCUCAACCCGUCCUGGAUGGCGUCAGUCCCAGACAGCCGGUCCCUGUCGGAGGUGACCCUCCCGGGCACCCACAACACCAUGGCCCUCUACGGCGGCGCCCUGACCGAGUGCCAGUCCUGGCCGCUGGACCUGCAGCUGCGGGCCGGCGUGCGCUUCCUGGACGUGAGGGUGCGCCACGUCAAGGGCAACCUCACCAUCCACCACGGGGUGGUGUACCAGCGGGCGCACUUCGGCGAGGUGCUGGAGGGCGUGGCCCGCUUCCUGCUGGAGUGGCCCUCCGAGACGGUGCUGAUGCGUCUGAAGGAGGAGUUCAGCGAGACCAACGACAUCUACGCGGCGGUGGUGGGCUACGUCCACCGGCACGCGCACUGGGACCUGCUGUGGCACAGCCGGCUCACCCCCACCAUGGGUCAGGCCAGGGGGAAGCUGGUCAUCCUGCAGGACUUCUCCGGCCCCGACCUGGGGAUGCGCUACGGAUCCCUGGACAUCGCGGACGACUGGAAGGUCCCGACCCUCCUACAUGUUUCGGAGAAGUGGCAGAGCGUCCGUGAGCACCUGGCGGCGGCGGCCGCGGGGAACAAGGCCCGCGUCUUCCUGACCUUCGCCAGCGGGGCGGGAAUCUUCGCCUACCCGAACGCCGUGGCGCAGCGGAUCAACGCCCGACUGCACAAGCACCUGUCCGACAUGGUGGGGCUCCCCGAGCGCCUGGGCAUCGUCACUAUGGACUUCCCCGCCGCGCCCCUCCUCAAAAUGAUCAUCGACUUCAACUGAACAGGCCUCGGCCCAACAAUCUCCCAUCCCCCAUUAGCCCCAAAACAAGAAAAAUAUAUUUUGUCCUAAAUUUAUUUACAUUUUGGUUCGUGGAGGCAUUCAAAAUUAACAUAGGUUCAGUACAUAGUGAGCAAUACAUUUUCAAUGCUGUCGUUAAAUUGGAAUUAAAUUAGUCGACCUGACACCACGCCGGUAUAAUCCUUAGCCAUUUUGAAUUUGGGACACAUUUAAAAGGAAUAAGUCACUGACUUAGCCCCCUAAAAACAGAGACAGAGGCUACUAUGACAUAAUCACAGGAUUAUGUCAAUUUAGCCUUGCCAAAUGGCAAGGUAUGAUCCUUCGUUCAAAACCAGAACACAGCGAAAUUCCUAGACCAUUUGUGACACCUGGACAAUUAUGAUUUCAUUUAGAUUUUUCAAUUAUACUCUAUGUAAUAGUUCAGUGUUUACUGUUUGCAAGAAAGUGCAUUGCCACAUGGUGUCAAACCAACAGCAUCAACAUACACUUUUUUCAGCAACAGCCUUGACGAUCACCAGCUUAAAAUAAAAGCAUUCUUUCUGCAUUUCAAAA